AUGGCAGAUCCCCCCCCCGAGCAGACGCGACCGGCCGCCGACGAGCCCAAGGUCGUCGACUCCAGCGCGGCAGCCGUCUCCCAGCCCGUCGCCGAUGACGACGAUGAAGACAUCAAGUCAAAACGAGUCUCCCUCGCCGACCUGAGCGCAAAGGGAAGCGCCCUGUACGCGCACAAGAACUACGACGAGGCCUCCGAGAUCUUCUCCCGCGCCAGCGUCUUGCAGGCCGAGAUCAAUGGCGAACUGCACCCUGAGAAUGCCGAGAUUCUCUUCCACUACGGUCGCAGCCUCUUCAAGGUCGGCCAGAGCAAAAGCGACGUCCUCGGGGGCCCUGCCGCCGCAGACAAGCGCGCCGCCGUUGAUGCAAAUGGCAGCUCAAAGGCGCACGCCGCCACCGCCGCCCAGGUCCAGCUCGCCGACGUGGGCGAGGUCAAGGACGCAAAGCCCGAGGCCGCCAAAGAGGCCGCCGCAGGCGCAGACACCGGCGCCAAGAAGCCUCUCUUCCAGUUCACCGGUGACGAGAACUUUGACAACUCGGACGCCGAGGAAGAAGACGAGGGAGCCGACGACGAGGGCCAGGAAGAGGAAGACGACGACUUGGCCACGGCCUUUGAGAUUCUCGACCUCGCGCGCGUCUGCUACCUCAGGAAGCUGGAAAAACUGAGCUCGGAGAACCAGUCGGCCAAAGAGCGCCUAGCCGAUACGCACGACUGCCUCGCGGAGAUUUCGCUCGAGAACGAGCAAUACCCCAACGCCAUUGAGGAUGGCCGCGUCUCUCUGAAGUACAAGAUGGAGCUGUACCCCGAAGACUCGGAGAUUGUCGCCGAGGCCCACUACAAGCUCUCCCUGGCCCUCGAGUUUGCCUCCAUCACAAUGUCUGGCGACGACGGCACAAACGCCAAGCGCGAGGCCAUGGACCAGGACCUCCGCGACGAGGCCGUCAAGGAGAUGGACCUCGCCAUCACGAGCUUCAAGCUCAAGAUGCAGGCCAAGGAGGUAGAUCUCGCCACCAUGGCCUCCCCCGAGGACAAUGACGUGGCCCGCAAGGUCCUUGCCGAGAUGAAGGAGGUCGUUGCCGACAUGGAGCAGAGGCUUGUCGACCUGCGUAAGGACCCCAUCGACGCCGACGCCCUGGGCGGCAUCCUCGGCAGCGCCCUCGGCCAGCCCCCCAGCGCCGAGGUGCAGGCCCGCGCCGACGAGGCCGCCAAGAACGCCACCGACCUCACCGGCAUGGUGCGCAAAAAGGCAAAGGACGCGGCGCCAAACGGCAAGCGCAAGGCCGACGAGCUCGCCGCCGACGACGCCCCUGUUGCUGCUGCCGCUGCCGCCGACGAGGGCGCGCCGGCGUCGCCCAAGAAGCCUAGGUUGGCGGACGGCGACGCGGGCGACAAGGCGUGA